AUGGCCACCGCCAAUGCCGCUACAGACCUACAAGACCUCCCUAAGGCCUACUGCCGCGCCUGGGCCUCGUGCGACCCAGCCCCGCUCCUCGCCCUCUUCGCUAAGGACGCCGUCAUGACGGACCACGGCGCCCAGAUCAACGUCCCCUUUGCCUUCCUCGAGCGCCACCACAAGCACUGGAACGGCGCACACAAGGACUUUGAGGUCUACCUUGACCCAAAGUACCCUGUCUACUGGGCUAACACAGACUGCGGUGAGGGUGAAGGGUACUGCAGCUUCCGCACUGUUAAUAGGGGGGUUUUUGUUAACGAUCUAGGUCGGCGCAAAGCUACAGGCCUGCCAUUUGAGUAUUCAGGCGUUAUUGAUUUAAAGCUAAAGGAUGGCAAGAUUGUACAAGCGGACGAAUGGCUAAGAGUUCCCUUUGAGGAUAGCGUUUCGCCUGAUAACUAUAUUACUAUCUCAGAUGAGAGUAUAAAGAAA